AUGGAACACCAGGAGAAAGUUUCACUCCCUGUCUUUACAGGAGUGGAUAAAGACAAUUUAGCACGAGACAUUUAUCAAAUAUUUAGAACUCUCCCAUUUCACGAGUUUAUCAAAAGAGCGGCCGAGAAAAAGCACUCUGAUUUCUUCCUCUGUGAGGAGAGCUAUUAUCUGCGUUCACUGGUAGAGGAAAUUAGAAAGGAGCCAUCUGACCUGAGGAAACACUUCCCUGACCUGGCGGAGGACUUCCAUAUCCCAGAGUUCUUUGAACCUGCCCAGUUUUUUUCCAGCGUGUUUCGAAUCAGCUUAUGUGGCCUGCAGCUGUGGACACACUACAAUAUCAGCGCCAGCUUUGCAGCUCUCCACACGUCGUCUCUCACGUUGUCUCUCACGUUACUCAACGCAAACAUCGUGAUGACCUGUGUCUGUUCUUCUUUCUCUUGUAUCCGAGACAGUGUGUGGCUCACCCUGUGGUUCCAUAACACCCUGGUGUUGUUUGGCGAGGGUGUCAACAUCUUCUGGUGCCACCUGCUUGCAGAAAGUUACAAGGACCCCUAUGGUAAUAAGAACCCUGUGGCACCUGCUUGGGCCUUUCAGGCACUGGAGAGGGCAUUACACAUUCUGAAUGAACUGCCAGCGGACUAUCAGGACUUCUAA